AUUGGCUCACUCAUGUCUUCUUUUUCUUCUGCCUUACGACACGACUUGAUUUCCCAUCAAUUAGCGGUCAACGCAGGGAGGGAGAGAAAGAUGAUGAUGAUGAUGAUGAUGAUGAUGAUGGUGAUGAGAGUUGAGAGUUGAGAGUUGGUCUUCGCAUUCGAAGCAGUCACUGUAAUAAAAUUGAGAACACAUCAUGUCAAAUUCCGCAGCUCUGGAAGCCUGUGAAAGGUGGAGACUCAGGGGAAAUGAAGCUUACAAACAAGAUGAUCUGUCCAGAGCUGAGGAAUGUUACACAAAGGGUGUGAAGUCUGUUCCUUGUAAUGACAUAUCAGAAUCCUUAUGCCUUGAGCCUCUUGUGCUGUGUUAUAGUAACCGUGCUGCCGUACGCAUGACUUGCAAAAGGUUUAGAGAUGCUUUAGGAGAUUGUCUGGUGGCUGCUACUCUAGAUCCUAACUUUCUCAAAGUUCGACUCCGGGCUGCAAAUUGUCAUCUUAUGCUGGGAGAAGUUGAAGAUGCGGUGCAAUAUUUCAACAAGUUCACGGAAUCUGGGGGUUAUCUAUGUUUGGAUCGAAAAGUUGUUUUAGAAGCUGCUGAUGGGCUACAAAAGGCUAAGAAAGUGGCCAAUUGUAUACAUCAAUGUGCUGAACUCUUGAAACAGAGAACUUCCGAUGCAGCAACUAAUGCGUUAGCAAUAAUUGAUGAUGUCUUAUCAAUAAGUUCGUACUCAGAGAAAUUACUUGAAAUGAAAGGGAAAGCUCUUCUUAUGCAGCUGCAGAAGUAUGAAGAGGUGAUUCAGUUGUGUGAGCGGACUCUUGGUUGUGCUGAAAAGAAUUUCCCCAUGGUAGGUGCUGGUAACAAUUUACCUAAAGGGAAUGGUUCUCAAUACAAUAAGCACCCGUCUGUAAGGCUGUGGAGGUGGCACCUCAUGUCCAGGUCCCACUUUCAAUUGGGGAGGCUGGAGGUGGCUCUCGAUUUAAUUAAGAAGCACGAGCAAUUGAGAUGCACUGAAGAGAAGUAUCAAAGCAAUAUUUUGGGUUCAUCCAUGCUAUUUGCUGCUACUAUACGCAAACUUUUACACUAUGAGAAAGCUGGGAAUGAAGCACUUCAUGCUGGAAGGCAUACGGAAGCAAUAGAGCAUUAUACUGCCGCUAUAUCAAGCAGUACUGAAUCACGUCUCUUUACGGCUAUCUGUUUCCGCAAGCGUGCUGCUGCCCGCCAAACUUUGGGCCAAAUUUCUGAUGCCAUUGCAGAUUGCAAUCUAGCGAUAGGUCUUGAUGGAAAUUACCUGAAG